ACCCACCUCCGAUCAUAUCGUUAUACAUACUGAUCGCGACCUCAUUGUAUACAGCGCACGUCAGGUCAGUAAACUUUGAUCCCAAUCUAGCUCAACAAACUGAUGUAACGGCUAUAGCUCAAGCAUCUGGAAGGGCUAAUCUUGAAGGCAGCCGAGACCGCUGCGGUUCAAGCUGAGUGGCGCGACCGCAAUGCCCGCGUUGCGAUCAACCGUCUUCCUCCCGAAUUGCUCAGGGAGAUAUUCGUGACGACCUGCACCAUCAAGCUAGCUGAAUACAGAUCUAUACACUAUCAUUGCGAUGACAUAACGACCGUCUGGAACCCAACUUGGAUUGAAAAGGGCAGAGCAGUCGGUCUCAUGCUCGUCUGCCAUCAUUGGAAAGAGAUCGCCUCGGAAAUCCGGGAGCUCUGGAACGGCGUUGAAACAUAUUGGCAUGAUAAAGAUCAUGCCUUGUUGGAGAGGUCCGGCCAAGGCCCGCUCAAGGUGUUGGCUCGCAGCGAGCCCUUGUGCCAAGAUGCUGUUGGGCGUGCUCUGCAAAAUGUGGAGCAUUCUUCCCGAAUUCAAGAGUUGUACUGGACGAACCUUUCUAACUGUGAAAACAGCAAAUAUCUUGGAAUGCCAGUGCCCUCAUUGAAGUCUCUCAUGUUGCAAAAUGGCCACAAUGACAGUGUGCCAGACGGAUCAUUCGAACUCUUCGACUGUCACACCCCGUGUCUGGAACGCCUGUCACUGUCACAUUUGUAUUGGCUGCCCAGCAAUGCGUUCGCCAAACUGACAUUGUUGGCUCUCGACAGAUGCCAUGUAACCAAAUCCCGCGCCAAAGUACGCAGCUUGCUUGCUGGAACACCGAACUUAGUCGAUCUCAUCCUGCGAUAUGUGGCUGACAGCAACGUCGACCGGUACGUCGGAGCGGAGACUGAGCCUGCGGACAUGAAGCCUGUGUCACUCGUUCGAUUGCGCCGGUUACUGAUCGAGCGUAUGUGGACCGAUGAUAUCGACUAUAUCUUCCAGGAUGCUCGCCUAAAUGGAGACCUGUCUGUCUCGAUCAAAAACAUGAAUUGGUAUGACGAUGAGCAGCGACUUUUAGAAGUGGUAUCCAGUUGGUCGUUGAAUGCCCUGAAGCAACCCAAGGAGCUGCAUUUCCAGCAGCACGUCGCCAUCGUCACUGGAGCCUCUUCUGGUCUCCGUUUUGAGGUCAGGAGAAGCAGAGCCCUCGAGCAUUGGACCAGGCUCGACUGGUCAAGAAUCCUUCCCCUUUCCUGCAUCUCGCACCUGUGCACGUUUGAGCAGGAUGCACGCAGGCUGCCUGGUCUUGAACGUGUCCGCAACAUUCUUAGGCAAAUGACCGCGCUUGAGACGCUGUCCGUCAACAUUGAGGGCCUGACGAAGGUCAUCGACGCUCUCACACUCUUCCGAGAGCCAACCGGCCCGCCUUUCUGCCCCGCACUGACGACACUACGUAUUGCCAUCUGGGAAGAUAGUGACUCUGACAUCAUCCUAGACUCGGUCCUCCCGCACCGUGCGCAGCUUGGCGUCAAACACCUGUAUAUCGGGCUGAUUGAUUGUCUGAGCCAUGGAUGGGAAGCUCUUCAAGAUGCGGAGCACCAAUUGCAUGGCAAGUUUGAGUCGGUGAAUUGUGAGCCCCUGUGGGUUGGUGAGACGUACGGCAUUAAAUUGCCGCCGGUUUGCGAUGAGGAGGCGCACGCUUUGUGGCCGCCCUGGAUUUAGGUGUCGUGUGGACGAGAGACGACAUGGAUUGCAGUGAGACCAAAGGUACGCCCAUUAUGUCGGGGUUUCUGUCGCUCAUCGCUCGUGACGACUUAUUCCUACGCUUACAGAGAGCGGGCAUGUUAUUAGAGAGGAAAAAAGUACGUACUUUGUGCUAUAGCAGAUGUCAACCCUUUAUGAAUGCGAA